AUGUUCAACUUCAUUAGUGCCAUCACACAGCAGCAACAUUACGUCGCGGCUGUUGCGUUUUUCGACAAAAUCGCUUCUGCGCUAACGGAAUGGCUUCAUGUUAUUGGUGGGUGGAAAAAUGGAGAAGUGUUGACGUGUCCAAAGUACUGUGUUUCAUUCCAUCUACCCCUGCACAGGCAUCUUUCAACAGCGUUGACGCACUUCAAUGAUAUGGAGCUUUUCCGAAAGCAUGUUGAAGAUUUUCGAAAGGAUGAACAGCUCCUUCGUAGAGUUCUACUGCAUCCUUUGAAGAUUCAGGUUGCGCGUGCGGAGUAUUACGCUGGAAUGUGGGUACGUAAUGGUAAUCAGCUACGAGUACAAGCCAUUAUUUAUGCACAACCCCAUAUCAAUACUUCAUUUCAAACGCCCGACAUUGAUUUGAUCAGAUACUGCGCUGCCAAUGUGGAUCCUGACUGGUUUGUGGAGGCCAUGGUACACAACUUCCAUCUUAUUGAUGUGUUCCGGUUCGCUAUUAUUCACAAAAAGGACGGGUCUGAGAGUGGUAUGGAAGUGAGCUUGGAUGACUCCUUGAAAACAGCAAAAGAACUCGGCACUGGUCGUUCCACACCUGAUGAAAUCGCUGAUGAAAAUUGGGAAAAAUGCGCUGAGAAGAUUCGAGUCAUUCUCAAAGAUCUUCCUCCAGGAAAGGCCGAUGUGGUGAUGGCGGCUCUCAAACAACGUACAAUAAAUAACUUCGUCACCUCUUUGGAUCCAUCUUCAUCAGUUCAACCCAUGGAGGAAGAUUUGCAAAAUGUAUCCGAGCUGGGCUAUAUUUUCAAUGAGGAUAAUGCCGAUGUCAUCACCCGAGUAGAAUGGAUUGAUCCAAUGAUAGCAGCAGCGCUACGGCUCUUAAGCGAACUGGUCGUACUUCUGGCAAACUGUGGCGCGUCUACUGAAGCCGCACUCCGGUCGGAAAUGAUUAAUGCUCUCGCCGGUGGACCACAUACUCAUUCGCGCCUUCGUUCUAUAAUCGCAGAAAAAGGAAGCAGAGGAGCUGAAUCGAUAGAUCCACUAUUUGAUAAGAUUUUGGAGGAAAUUGCGGAUUUCUCCGAACCGGUCGCUGUGCCAGGUGGACAAAUGCGGCAGGGAUCCUAUCAGCUUAAAACAGAGGUUUGGUUGAAUGAAUUCUGUCCUGUGCUAUGUCAGCAUAGAGCUCUCUAUCCGAAGUCUAGCACUGGUGUGUUGAUGGAUGUGGAAAAAUUGGAACGGGAAGUUCUUGGAAACGAGGAGAAAAUUCUCCAGAUGUGGUUCCCCUAUCAACUUUCGGACUUUUCCGAUUCAGCACGACAUGAAUCUGUUCGAGGAAUCGCCAGGAUUUUGUUGUGCGACCGUUUCAUCCAACUUUGCAUUGUCGUACUCGAAGCGGGUAUAGUUGGACAUCCAGAAAUACGCGAAACAACCUCUCAGCUGGUGGUUUAUCUGCUCACGCUUGCUUACCAGUACAUGUUCUCCCUUCCCCAGUCUGAAAGAAUGGCUGCUUCACAACGUUUCCGAAGGAGUUAUGUUGCGACUGAAGGACUGAAGGCAGUACAAUUGCCUCUUCUCGUGUUUGUUUUAUUCCUGAUUGAAUGUGAGAAACGAGGUUCAAAAGAGAAGCUCCUGAAACGUACAGUUGCUGGAGAAUUCGAUAAGAAGCGCAUCAUGGGCGGCGCUGCUGAAUAUAUGGCAAGACUUGUGACAUUCAUCUGCAAGUGCGAUGAGGGUGUUCAUCUUUCUCUUCUAUCGGCACUGGAGGAUUGUCAGAAAGAAAAGGAGACUGAAAAAAAGGAAGAUGCUAAUGAACAAAAGUCUGUUCAGGAGCGAAAAGCUGCAGCGAAGCGACGACGGGAGGCAUUGUUCGCCGCCAAUAAGAAGAAGAAUUCUGAAGUUAUGAAAAGGUUGAUGGAGAAAGAAGGCUUAACACAAAAAGACAUCGACUCAAUCGAUACGAGCCAGCAAGAUGUCCGACUUUACGAAUGUCCGAUCUGUGGUGAGCUUGAUACGCCGUCAACUUUGCGGAACCCUCUAGGAAUGCUCGUUCGAGUAAGUAUAAUAUAA